AUGCCCGGAACGGCUACAGUGGCAGAUGGAUACGCUCCCGGGCAUGCACCCCAUCAUAUUCCGCCCAAUGGAUCUGGCAUCACUAACCAAACAAGACGCCGCACCACAAUCGCCGCAUCCUCAGGUCAAUGGGCUUUGGGUAAAACCAUUGGUGCUGGGAGCAUGGGGAAAGUGAAACUAGCGAAGAAUACAGAGACUGGCGAACAGGCUGCGGUAAAAAUAAUUCCUAGGCACUCCACCGAGGAACACCGAAGCACACGUGAAAGUGAACGAGCGGAUCGAUCAAAGGAAAUUCGGACGGCAAGAGAAGCAGCUAUAGUCAUGCUUCUGAACCACCCCUUCAUAUGCGGAAUGCGAGACGUUGUUCGAACCAAUCACCAUUGGUACAUGUUGUUUGAGUAUGUGAAUGGUGGCCAGAUGCUGGACUACAUCAUUUCACAUGGAAAAUUGAAAGAAAAGCAAGCUCGUAAAUUUGCUCGCCAAAUCGCAAGCGCGCUUGAGUACUGCCAUAAAAAUAAUAUUGUGCAUCGAGAUCUGAAGAUCGAAAACAUUUUAAUCAGCAAAACAGGAGACAUCAAAAUUAUUGAUUUUGGCCUCAGCAACUUAUUCUCCCCCAAAGGUCAAUUGAAGACCUUCUGUGGCAGUUUGUACUUUGCUGCCCCUGAACUCCUUCAAGCUCGACAAUAUACCGGCCCAGAGGUUGAUGUAUGGAGCUUUGGAAUUGUCCUUUACGUCCUUGUUUGUGGCAAAGUUCCCUUUGAUGACCAGAGCAUGCCACAGUUACAUGCAAAGAUCAAGAAAGGCAUAGUGGAAUAUCCUCAAGGACUUUCAUCUGACUGUCGUCAUAUAAUCUCUCGGAUGCUUGUUACGGACCCCAAGCAACGUGCGAGCCUAAGUGAAAUCAUGAACCACCCUUGGAUGACAAAGGGUUUCAACGGCCCCCCGGAAAAUCACCUUCCACAUCGUGAACCCCUCCAGCUCCCUUUGGAUUCUGAAGUCAUUCACAAAAUGACAGGGUUUGAUUUUGGACCGCCAGAGUUCAUAUCGGUACAACUUACAAAGAUACUCGAAUCGGAUGAGUAUCAGAAUGCUGUUCGGGCUUGCAUAAAGGAACAACAUAGCCCUAACCCUAUGGGUGACAAGAAAAGAGGUGUAUUCGAUUUUUAUAAGCGCCGAAAUUCCGCUAGCAAAGACACACUUUCUAAUGCCUCAUUAGAAACAAUGCAUCAAACCCCUGAUUCUAUAAAUGGUUAUCAUCCACUCCUUUCCAUAUAUAACCUCGUUAAGGAGAAACUCAACAGAGAAAAGCAUGAGCUGCACCCUGGUGGUCUUGCCAUUCCCCAUAGCCCUGGUGAUGUACCCGUUUCAUUUCCAGACAUUCCUGUACCGAAAGCAGCACAUACGAACCAAAAUUCGUAUGAAAUCCCAGGGGAUAAGGACGCCGGUGGCCGGUCACGACCACGAGCUCGAACCCAUGGUGACGAUGAUCUUACCGAAGCCACCAAAAAUCUUCGCUUGGCCAGGCCAUCAGAUGCGAUACCCCCGGCAAUUAUUACGCCCCAGAUUGAACAGGCCCCCAAAAAGGAAAACCCCGCCGUGGGUCUGCUUAGGCGGCUAAGUACGAGAAGAACACGCGACCGAGGACGAGAGGAGCGAGGCAAUGUGCAGCAAGUCCCAAUUCUGAACACGCCUGACAGUCUUCCUUCUCCACGCAAGAGUUUUAGUGUAAGAAGAAGUCGGCGUGGAGAGGCAGCCCCAGGGACUCUUCACCCUGGCGGGAGCCAACCCCAACAAGAAGUCUCCCGGAACGAGUUAUCCUCGAAGACAAACAACUCGCUAGGCAGAUCAACCAGUGUGAAUUCUGCAGACUUUAGGGGUCGAAGGGAUAUACGAAGAGGCGUAUUGGAUAGUUUGUCCCCAACUAGCGCGCAAGACCCGCCUCUUACUAGCGGCUCUGAUCGUUCUAGCUUAAACAUUCCAAGAGCCAAAGUACCAGAAGCAUCAGAUGCAAGAACUUUAUACAAACCCCAAACGCUAAGAACAAAGUCGUUGGGCCAUGCCCGGCGUGAGAGUAUUCAGGCUCGUCGAGCUCGACGGGAAGAGGCUAGGGAGGCAAACGUGCCCGAAGAGACAGACGCGGAGUUGGCUGAAGUUGGCACAAGUGUAGAAAAUGGCAAUGGUGGUGAAGAUUUUACAAAGCCUGUAUAUCUAAAGGGCCUGUUCAGCGUGUCUACGACGAGUAACAAACCACUGCAGUUUAUUCGGUCUGACAUCAUAAGGGUCUUAAAACAACUCGGCGUUGAAUACGUUGAAAUUAGGGGCGGAUUCAGCUGUCGACAUGCACCCAGCAUUGAUCUUAACCGUAUUGUUUAUGCUCGGCCUUCAAGCCCUGAACAUCAGGAUACAGUUGCGGCUAACCACCGUCGUCGUAUCAGCUUUGGUGGUCUUCGUGUGCAUGAUCGUGAAGAUAAAGACAAAGAUGAUGGCAAACAUCACGCACGGUCAUCCCGGCGGCAUCCAGACCAAAGCUUUGUUAGCAAUUCAGAUGGAUCUGAUGAUUAUGCAGCCAAUCAAGAACACAAUGCUGGAGAGCGUGUGCUGGGUGAAACAACAACCAGAGUCCAAAGUGAUACUGGUGAGAAUCUUGUUUUGCGAUUUGAGAUUCUUAUUGUUAAGGUUCCUCUGUUUUCACUCCAUGGCAUUCAAUUCAAGAAGGUCUCUGGUGGAAUGUGGCAAUACCGGGAGAUGGCUAAAAAGAUCCUUGAUGCACUAAGACUUUGA